GGGAGAGUCCGACAGCUGCGUCGCUUCGUUCCACGUUCAGACCUCGGUUGGCUCUUGCCUGGCUGCCUGCUGCUUGCUCUUGCUUGAUCCGUCGCGGCGGCGCGGGAAAGACGAACCGCCCUCGUCGCUCGUCUCGGGUCCGGACCUCGAGGGGCCGCGACCCUGCGUCGGUGCUAGUCGCCUCUUGUCGCAGCCGUGGUCUUCGAGUGGACCUUCUUCUAAAACAAAAAAACCCUUAUUUUUUUUUAUUUAUUUAUUUUGUUUACGCCCGGUUUAAUUUGCAAGGCGCGGGUGAAGGUUUACUAGGUUGACGCGCGGAACGCUGCUACAGUUUUUUAUUUGGUUUACCCGUGGCCACGAUGCUUCCGCUGCCGAUUUUCGCUUGCUGGGACUUGGUUGGCGCUCUGCGCACUGCUGCUGCUCUUACCGCCGCUGCUCAUUCUGCUGGAGCGGUCUCGCGGUCGCGAGCUGGCGUCGUGGGAAGCGGUGUGGCCCCGUGAAGGCGACUUUCUCAGAGGGCGGCCAUGCCGGCGGUGGUGGCGUUGCUGGUGGUGGGGCUGCUGUCGCUGUCAUCUGCACAGUACGCUGGCUACACGGACAACAGGAUAGACAGCGGGCCCAUUCACCACCAGCAGCCGACACACCUAAUCGUGGCCUCUCGGCUGGUGCGACCGGGCCAGACGUACCAAGUGGUGGUGACGAUGCUGCAGAUUCAGGAGCCCGUCACGGUGCUGGCGUCCAUCCAGCGCAAUGGCGUCGAGGUCACUCAGAACGUCCGCGAGUGCAAGGCCCCUGUCCCUGAAGUCAUCCUUCUCAAGGUUCCUCCAUCAAGUAUUCCUGGAAGCUACAGACUGAGAGUAGAAGGAAACAUCAAUGGUGUCCUUGGUGGCACCGCUUUCUCCUACGACACGCAACUUGAUUUUUCGCAACGCUCAAUGACAAUAUUUAUUCAAACAGAUCGACCACUGUACAUGCAGGAUCAAACAGUUCAAUUUCGUGCACUGCCAAUCACGACCGAGCUCAAACCGUUUUCCGACGCCAUCGAUGUUUACAUGUUGAACCCCAACCGAACAAUCGUCCGACGUUGGCUUUCCAGACGAACAAAUCUAGGUGCUGUCAGUUUAGAGUAUCCUCUAUCCUUACAACCAGCCUUUGGGAAGUGGACAAUUCAAGUCAUUGCUCAGGGCCAAGUCGAAGAGAAGUCUUUCAUUGUGGAGGAAUACUACCAGACAAGAUUUGAAGUGAAUGUCACACUGCCCUCUUUUUUUAUGGCAACCCACGAGUACAUUCAUGGCUCUGUGGAGGCAAACUUCACAAGCGGUGCCGCUGUAACUGGGAACCUCACAUUGCGUGCUACUGUGGAACCAAUCAAGCCCACGUACAAGAUAUACCGCGGAACAUCGAGAUAUAUUGAGAAGGUCUACCGUUACUUUGAGGGCGUGCUUGACUUCCACUUCUCACUGCGGGAGCUGGGCCGUCUAGUCUCACGUCUUGACGGGAUGAAAGUAGUGGUGACGGCCUACGUCGGCGAGCGCUUCCUCGACCUCAUAGAGACUGGCUUCUCCGAGUCGGUCGUCUUCAACUCAAGCCUCCAGCUUCGUUUUCUCGGUUCUUCGCCCCAAGUCUUCCGCCCUGGGAUGCCCUUCAAGGCUUACGUGAGCGUCGCAUACAGCGACGGUUCUCCACUGCCUGCGGAAUACUUCAGGAACAAGCGGGUGGAAGACAUGCUGCGGGUGACCCAGUCGGUGACCUACGUGAGUGGUGGUGCAGGAGGCGGUCAGAUGCUGAACCCGGUGCCCACACCCGUCUCGGGGUCCCUCGGCAUUUGGGAGGUAGUCCUGGAAUCUACGCCGUCUUCGAGUGACUCCUCUUCGGUUAACGCUGUUAGGGCCAUCAGGCUCGAGGCGGAUUUCUAUGACGCCAACUACGGGCAGGUUCGGGCCAGCCUUGUGGCGUACUCAUCUUAUUCACCCACCAACCACCACAUUCAAGUGAUGACCAGCACAAAGAACCCAAAAGUCGGCGAGUACAUCAUCUUUCACGUGCGGUCCAACUACUACGUGGAAUGCUUUUCUUACAUCGUCAUCUCGAAAGGAAUCAUUCUGCUUUCGGGCCAAGAGAAGAUGACUUCCAGCAUCAAGACAUUUGCUGUGACCCUAUCGCCUGAGAUGGCACCCACAUCCACUGUGAUCAUUUACGACUUGGCACACGGCAACGAAAUCGUGGCAGACAGUCUCACAUUCCCUGUUGAUGGAAUAUCAAGAGACAAAUUCAACAUGACUCUGAACAACAGGAAGGACAAAACAGGAGACACGAUAGAGGUGGCCAUUUAUGGUGACCCUGGCACCUACGUUGCUCUCUCAGCAGUAGACCGCACACUGUACAACAUGCAAGCAGGCACAGAGAUCAGCUACUCUGAGGUGUUAAGGAAGAUGAACUCAUUUGACUCUGUCAUCAACGGCACACUGACUCAAGAGUGGUUCUCAAGGGAAGGAAAUGAUUACAGUUUUGUCUGCUUUCCGUCACCUACUUAUGGCCUGGACUCAAACCGAACUUUUGAGUUUGCUGGUUUGAUGGUGUUCAGCGAUGGCAACAUAACCCGAAUGAGAGAUGACUGCAACAUAACAGCUGGCUAUGGCACAUGCUAUGAUGGCUCAUGCUUUCGAAUUGAGCGACGAUGUGAUGGCCAGUUCGACUGCGAGGAUGGCUCUGAUGAAGCACGAUGUGAAGCUGAGCGGGAAUUCAACAUUCCACAGUUUGAAAUGUACCGCAUGAACCGGUUCCAGCGCCUCUACACAAAUGCUUGGCUUUGGAAAGACAUCAAUAUUGGGCCCUUGGGCCGCUACAUCUUCAAUGUCCCUGUGCCUGAUAUUCCAACUCAGUGGAUGCUCAGCGCAUAUGGAAUGGGAGAGUCCAGUGGAUUUGGGAUCCUUUCCAACAGCAUUUCAUUUUCUAGUGCCAAACCUUUCUACAUGAAUGUAGAAAUGCCAACGAAAAUUCGCCUUGGAGAGCAGCUUGGAAUUCGUGUGACUGUAUUCAACUACAGAGUUUAUGAAACAGAGGUGUUGAUCACGCUCGCCAGUUCACCGGACUACAAGUUUGUCUCAGUAGGAGCCUUAGGUAGGGUCAACUCUUACGCCCCAGAAACUUUCUUCGGAGAGCACCAGCAUCUGAUCUUCAUCAAGCCUGGGAAGUCAGCAGUGGUGUACAUGCCGAUUGUAGCCAUGCGUAUUGGCACAAUCAACGUGACUGUCCUGUCGAAAACCCAGAUUGCCAAAGACAUGGUCACACGCUCGAUUCUAGUAGAGCCUGACGGCAUCCCCCAAGCCCGCCACACUUCCCUGCUUCUAGACCUCACUCAAGGGGCCUACUUGAUCAAAUACCUCGACACAAAUAUCACCGAGACACCAAUUCUGCCUUUUCGGCAGGACCGGCUUUAUAUUUUUGGCAGCAACAAGGCUACCCUAUCAAUUGUUGGUGAUGUGGUGGGACCGGCCUUUCCAACCAUGCCUGUCAAUGCCACCAGCCUCUUAUCCAAGCCCUUCUACUGUGGGGAACAGAACAUGUUCAGCUUUGCUGCCAACUUGUACACGUUGUUGUACUUGCGGCUCACUAACCAGCGUGACGUUUCCAUCGAGAAGCAGGCCUUCAAGUACCUAAACUUGGGAUACCAAAGACAACUCAGUUACCAAAACAACGAUGGGAGCUUCAGUGUGUUUCGGUGGCACAGCCAGCCAAGUGUCUGGCUAACAUCCUUUUGCGCCCGUGUGUUUCACAAGGCAACGUUUCAGGAGUGGGAGCACUUUCUGUACAUAGAUCCCACCAUCAUCCAGAAGGCCAUAGGGUGGCUACUAGACCGCCAAUCUCCCGAAGGCUCGUUUCACGAAACAUCCUUUUUCGCCUAUGACCGCAAGAUGUCUGCUUCGUCGGAGAAUCCCGAUGAUCCGGUGCGCUUCCGCAACGUGUCUCUAACCGCGCACGUGCUCAUCACACUGGCCGAAGUUAGGGAUAUCCGAGGAGAAAUCGGCUCAAGGGCAGCCACGGCCCGCAGGUCAGCUGCACGCUACCUGGAGCGCAUGCUGCACGAUAUCGAGAAGUUGGAGGACCCUUACGAACUGGCCAUUGUGGCGUAUGCGCUCACCCUGGUCAACAGCGUGGAAGGGGAGACCGCAUUCAACCGACUGAGCGAGAAGUUGAGAGAGACAAGCGGCAUGAGGUACUGGUCUCGCAGCGACCUGCCGGCGCCUCCUGUCCUCAUAGAGAACAACCGGCCCUACCUGUACCCGCGCCUGCCCUUCACGAACGACGCCUCCAACGUGGAGACCACAUCCUACGGGCUGCUGGUGCACGUGGCUCGUCAAGCGGUCGUGCAGAAAGAGAUUGUCGAGUGGCUCAACACACAGAGGCUCUCGCACGGUGCCUGGGCGUCCACUCAGGACACCCUGAUGGCGAUGCAGGCACUGACCGAGUUUUCGGUGCAAUCUCGCUCGAGGGAUGUGACGGAUAUUACGGUUACUGUUGAGGCCCCCUCCACUCCGGGCUUCACCAGGCAAUUGCACAUCGGCAGGGACAAUCUGUCCAAGCUGCAAACACUCUCUAUCCCCAAUGCUUGGGGGGUCAUAAUCGUGAGGGCACAAGGGUCUGGCCUGGCCAUUGUUCAGCUCCAUGUGGAAUACAACGUUGACACUUGGAGGCAUCUGGUGACGCAACCCCCAGUGCCUGCAUUUGCGCUCAAUAUUCGGCAGAAUUCUUACGGGAGGAACAGCUCUCACGUCGCCUUCCGAUCGUGCCAAAGCUGGAUUCGUACAGAAGAGAGCCCCAGAAGUGGCAUGGCAGUCCUUGAAGUGAAUCUGCCAUCAGGCUACUAUAUUCAGCAGCAGACUCUUGAUGCAUAUGUUCAGUCCAGCAAUGUGCGCAACCUUCGAGAGGCCCGCUACCAGGAGAAGAAAGUCGAGAUCUACUUCGACUAUCUGGACACUUCACCCAUUUGUGUCAAUUUCACGGCGCAGCGAUGGUAUCCUGUUGCCAACAUGACGAGGUUCAUCUCUAUUAGAGUGUAUGACUACUAUGCACCAGAGCGCUUCAAUGAAACCAUGUUUGAGCUGUACAACCUGUAUGCUCUGAGCAUAUGUCAUGUGUGUGGUUCCUACCAGUGCCCCUACUGCCCAGUCUUCAGUGCUGGCCGCUCCCACUUCCAGUUGAUUGAGCAGCGAGUCCUGCUUUUCUGUGUUGCUUUUUUGACAUUGCUGCACAGGUACCUCCCCAGCGGAUAGUUGUUCAUCACGGGGACUGUUGGACAUUUUGCAUUAUCCUCAACUGCAGGAACAAGCUCCUUCAAGUGAUAUCUGGACAGUAGUGCAACUAGCCGUGACCAGGCUCAUACUGUGCAGUGCCAUUGUGAGCUUCAUGCUACGUUGCAGGGACGGGAAGUGUCCCCUUCCCCCACCCAGUUCAGCAAGGUCGAGGAGCCCAAAAACUCAUUUGGGCUUGUGUUCCGCUACAUUUUUUCUGUCUUUGGUGUUGUUUUCAUUGGUGCCCCUACACCUUGUUUGUUUGUUCUUUUUAGCUCAUGUGUUUAAUUGGCAGCUGCUUACAGAAGUUCUGACUGCCAUUUUUUAAGUCUUGCUUUUAGGUGAGCUGCAGUGCAGCUGAUUGCGUCAAAGCCAAUGAUUGUAUGUGUCUUCAUUUUUGAAAGAGUGUUCGAAGUAAUUAUGGAAAGGAUGUGACAUAUCUAAGCAAGAGUGACUUCGUGAGAGUGUUUUUAUUUUAUUCCUGGAGGGGCCUCUCCAGCCUCUAAUGGUUUAUUCAGUAUGACUUUGAAUAAACAAAAUUUUAAGCUGGAGCCGCCUGUUACAUCUAAGUCGAACUCAUCUAUAACGAACUCCGUCGGACGCGUGUAUUAGUUCAAUAUAUUGGGUAGUUCGCACCUGAUAUCUGUUUUCAAGAGAGAUAUGAUAUUUCUCCUGCUACAUAAAAUACAAACGAAACUAGCGCAACCAUACGGAAAUGCGCCAUCCACCUCGUGCUAGCCGAAUGAGGGUGACAAAGGAGAACCAGCGAAACUUGCAGAGCCGCAGCUGUGUCGCACGUGCUUUUCGACAGGAGCUCCACUGGCACCACCACCUGGGGAGCCGAAGAGUCCUUCCCAGCUAGCUUCCCCCUGGUAAUGUAGGAGGGCGCAAGCGGCCACCCUUCCAGUGGUGGGGAUACAUUUUCAUGGGCCAAGCACUCUCAUUAACAAUAAGAUUCAUAUUUGUUGGCGUAGCACACAAAAGUCAGACAGGAAAGAGACCUAGCAAUAAAGCUCUCACAGAGUGGCUGCAAAGAUGCAAACGACGCACACACUGAUCUCGACCUUGUGCAUCUAUCUGUCUACAUGUCCAAGAUGCAAACGACGCACACAUUGAUCUUGACCUCCUGCAUCUAUCUGUCUACAUGUCCCUAACCUCAUUUUUUUUUUUUUUAAUAAAUGAGAUGGGCAUUUGUACGCUUUCUAAGCUCGCAUGUUCUAACGGAGUUCGAUAUAGACGAUCAGUUGUUCGUUGCAGAAGUGCAUUUUUACAUUUUAUAAGCGAGCUCGAUUACCAUGCUACACUUAACAUGAUUUAUGGAAUCUCAUUUUUGAGAGGCGCCAAUGAGUCUUGUGUUUGGGAGUUCAUCAUUGUAGUGGCAUUUGUUUCAGACAUUUCUGAACCUGUUGGAGCAAUAAUUGUAUGUACAGAGAAUACAGCAACCUCUUGGAGAACAUCUGUGAGUGACCAGAUAAACCUUUCAACCAAAGUA